ACCCUGCAGCUGUAAAAUAUAUAGGGACAAAUAUAAAAAUAAAACAAAGAAACCAACAUCAUCAAGUUGUUUGAUAGAUUCAAAAACUCUUAGCCUCAGUCCUCAACAGUUUAAACUUCCUCAGAAUCUGUUAAAUACUAGUUUCUAAAACAAUGCUAUGUUACUGCAGUGACACACAAAGUAUGACAUUUCUUAAAUGUUUCUAUCUGCCUGGAGUCAGACGUCUGGUUUUGUAGAGAAAAUACAAGGACAAUCAUUUUAGAUGGGAUCAUUAGGCUCAUGGUUACUGCGAGGAAAUGACCCAGAUGAGGUAAUGAAGGUUAUUCUAGCUUAUCUCUGCACCAAUAUCUGGCCUCAGAUCACAUGAUGUGCAGGGAAAAAAUGUAGACUUCAGCCUCGGCAUGAGCCAGAGGAGAGUAUAAAAGGUCAAGGUGUCUUCUUACUGCUCACUUCUCUUCACAGAAACAUCUCUGCACUGAAAACUGCAACUCUGAACAGAUCUGUGAGGAGUUGUUCUUCACACAAGAUGGAGGCAAACUAGAUCUGUGCUGUAAUGUUGUCUUUCAGUGUAAGAAAAAGAUAGGUUUUAAUAAAAGUUAUUUAAACUUAGGGUGGUGAUAGAGAGUUUGAGUAUGUUUCUGUUUUGAUCAAUAUCAUAAAAAUUGCAGCAGUAAUAACACAUUGGUGAAAACAGUUACUUUUAUUAAGAUCAUUAAAACUGUCUCAUCAUAAAAACAGCUCAGAUACCACUGGGGUGAUAUUGUCCUUGUUGUUCUGAAAAUGCAUUUCCUUUGUGUGGAGUUGUCACUUUAUUUAGUUUUGCCUGUCUCAUAGGUACAGAGAACUACAGAGUGAAUGUUAGACUUAUUAAGGGACCAAUAUAAUGGCAGAUGGUGUUGUUUCUCUGUUACGCAUUACCCUGAGCACACCAGAUUUACCUUAACUGGUCCCUGUCACAUCAUUAGAGAACGAUUUUCAAGUGUGGAGGGUGUUGAAAAUGGAUUAUAAACCUUUUAUUUUCUUCCCUUGCUUUAAAAUUGAUUUCUUGUAUCAUUGUAAUUCAUUGAAAGGACAGGUUUGAACUUCACUUCCUGUCCUUACUUCAUUCUGCUUUCUAAUGCUUCUUUGUUGUUAUAAAGCUCAUUGUGCAGUGAGCUAACCCCCUCAUUUCCAUAAAUAUCACAAUGCAGUAUACACAUUUGAAUGACAUUUGACCACCAAUGUAAUUCUAUUCUUAAUUGUUACAUUCUCAUCGUAUUUGGUGGUAAACAUCUCUUAAAAUCUGCCUAAAACCUGAAUGAAAAAUGCUGGUGUGGGGUUUGGAUGUCAUGCACAUGACCAUGGACGUGGUCACAUUCCGACCAAGAACAAAACAAAAGGUUCAGAUGAAGUCCUAGUUAGAGUGACCCAGUGUUAGGAGUUUGAUACCAACUAUUCCCCAAAUCCCAGAUUGUAUCGUGUCAGGAAGGACUUCCUGUAUGAAAUGAAUAAAAGUUUAAAAAAAUACACAGAUAUCAUGUAGAUACCAAUAUCACCCGUGUGUUAGUUUUGAAUAAUUCUGUGUAGUAAUAAUUAUUAAUAUCCACUUAUGUUUUCAUGACAAAGUAGUUAACUGCAUUCCACAUUUUAGGAAUUCUUACACAUAUCUCAGUUAUAACAACGACAAACAUUUAGAUUCAAUUUCCUGAAAUUUAAACAAACAAACAAAAAAGUCCAAACAACCUGGGUAGGUUGAUGAAACCUGUAUCCAGAGCCACAAGACAGGAUGAAUAAUUAAUUUGGAGAUGGCACUCAUAUACCCUGGGAGGGAAAAUGGUUUUCCCAGUUCAGAGACUCCCCUGCUGCUCUGCUCUCAACCUUCCGUGGGGCUACGAGGAUAAUCAACUAGAACUAAACCACGCCCCCUCGGUUUUAUUCUUGGGAACUUAUCAGCGCCUACAUGUUGACUAUUCCUCAUUUUAGAGGCAGCCAGAGAGGAGAAAGCACAUCAGCUCCACAGGUUUCACCCAUGCUGACGAGCACAUCACCACCAACAACACAGCAUCUCCUCAUCGUCGCUGCAGUGGACUCCACAGACUCUCGUCAGGAUGGAUUUCUUGGACCACGGCUACCUGGACGCACGUUCACCCUACGAUUACACCUUUAAUUUCUGGAACGAUUACCUUGGCCUAUCGACACUUGUCGCCAAGAGCAAGAUCAACAGUCCGCCAUUCAGCCCCAACUCUAUAACUGAGUCUCUCAAAGCGACGCUGGGUUUGGAGGACGAUUCCCCGGUUUGUUCCUGCGUAAUUGGGCACGGCAGAGACAGCGACGCGCACUCGGACUGUUGCUGCUGCGCCACCGCGGGCUCCUCUCCGCUCUCCAUCUACGACCUGAAGGAGCGCAUCUCACUCCUACAGCCCUAUGAGGAGCAUCUCGGCGGGGACUCGCCGCUCGGAGGCAGAGAUUCUCCCUCUUACAGGGGGAGCUUUGCCGGCCUGGAGCUGAUCUCCGCGGAGCGGCGGCGCAAACAGACUCAGAGGGGGAAGCCGGAGCCCAAGGUGUGCGUCUUCUGUCGGAAUAACGGCGCACCGGAGGAGGUUUACGGCACGCACAUUCUGAAGACGGCGGAGGGCAGAGUCCUGUGCCCGAUUCUGCGCGCAUACACCUGCCCUCUCUGCAGCGCCAACGGCGACAACGCGCACACCAUCAAGUACUGCCCGCUGUCCAGAGAGCAGCCGAGCCAGAGAGUGGCCAGAGGGGGCAGGGUCCUGGGGAAAAGGCUGAAAAUCUUCUGAACCACCAAAGGAGAAGGAUGAAUGGAUGGAUAGAUUUUGGAGAGUUUGAGUUGCACUGUAUGAAAAAAUAACUCGUGUGUAAGGCAGUGAUUUUUUUUUACCCCAUUCAAUGCACAAGACUAGUUUGGGGGGGGGGGGGGGGGAGAGAGAGAGUGAGACAGAGAGAUUUCUUUUAAUUUUAUUGUUUUUAUAUAUAACUUUGUCAUGUUUUAGUCCCAUCAUGUAACUCCCUACAGGCACAUAUGGGUUUUUACAAAGGCCGAUAAAAGUAAUUCAUUUUUUGCUGGUUAUCCAGUGGACACAUAUUCAAACAAUGUUCAUUUCUAUGACAGUUAAUAAUAACUAAUGUCAUUGAAAUGUAGCUGACAAUAUAGGGCUGAUAUCACUUCCUAAUUCACGUGCUCCUCCACACUAAUGGCCAGCAGGACAUCACCACAGAAAAAGAAAUAGUUGACUAAGAAAUGGAGGUCAUUUUAAAAGUUUGGAGUUUGAAAUCUUAAAACACAGUAAAACAAAAAGGUACCAAGUGUCUCAUUACCACAGACACAAGGUUCAUAGAAACUUUUUUUUUUACUUUACCUUUAAAGGAAUUCUGCUUCAGUGUUGUUUCUCUUAACUGUCAUUUUGACAUAAACUGAACAUUUCAGCAAAGAACCAGCAGCUUAGUCCUAAAAACAUUAUCACUUUCAUCACAGUAGAAGUGAUGAGUGGCCCCAACACUUCGUCUGUCAACCCUAACAUUCAUUAUAAAAGUCCAUGUCAUUUUCUAACUAGCACUAUAAGGCCUUGGUGAUGAGAAAUGUACCAAAGCACUGAACUGAUCGACCUGUGAAUGACCACCUUCAUGCCGUAAUCAGAGGUUGCUGUGUUUUGGAGGAGCGUAGUGCCAGUGCAAACAGCUCAAGUGCAUGUCAGCAACACUGUUUGCACUUAUCGAGAAAUGCCAAAAUAAAUGAACACACGGCCGAAUCCUGAAAUGACAAUAUCUAGCCCCACGUCACCUUCAGGCCAAAGACACACAGUCUAAACAGGCCCCACCACCUGCAGAAACAACCUGUCUUCAGCACAUUAUUUUUUUAUUAUUAUUUUUUGCUCUCUUUGAGACAAAUGUUUUCUACCAAAGGAAAUUCUUUGUAUUUGAGCCUAAAGCUAACUUCUGUAUGUUCAUACGUUGGAUGUCAUAUAUUCUUUCACCUAUGGUAUAUAUAGUGUAUGUGUGAUUUUAUGUGGAUAGUAUUUUGCAGAUUCUAAACUGAAUGUAAAACAUUUGAAGGGUAGAUUUGAAAUGCAGUUUGACCACAGGCUCUUUAAAAAGCUCCAAGCUCUAUUUUAUGUCACAUGUUCAGAAACACAAAUGACGAAUGAUUUCUUUUUUUCACAUGCACCGGUAAUUGCUGUAAAUAAGUGUAAGGAGCAAAUGGUUUUAGCAAUUAUAUACCAAACAUUCCAAAGUCUUUAUUUGAUGAUACUAUGUUUUAUGUACUUAUUUUUACCUUAUGUAUGAGCAGCAAAUGUAUUCACUGUAAAUAACCUCUAAAUAA